AUGGCCGUAAAGUACCCCUUCAAAAUCAAAGCGUCCCCGCUACUCGCCGUAAAACACACCUUGCUUCAACUGGGGAAUUGCAUCCGUAAGAUAUUUUUCCGCCCAGUGCUCAUGACAGUAGAAGAAGACAUUCUUUUCCUAAGCAGUGUUGAAUCUACCGGAUCUUUAGUGUGGGUAAUUCUGUUGUUAAAACUAUUUGCCAAUAAACAGCAUAUCGAAUUUGAUAUUAACUUCUUGGAUAAAAUAGGUCUUUUUAUACAAGUAUACGACGACUACUUAAAUUUACACAAUCCCAAGUACGCAACAGUACGCAUCUUCUGCGACGACCUUGAUGAGGGAAAAUUAAGCUAUCCUAUAAUUCAUGCCAUUCGAAGUCCUCGAAAUGAUCAUCGACUUUUGAGUAUCCUUGUACAAAAUAACCUAUUAACGGAAAACAGAUGA